AUGUCCACCAACGACGUGAGAACCCACACCGGGCCUUCAUUUUCUGACUCAGGCGAGAAUGGUGAGGUGACCUCGCCUUCAUCAUCCAAAGCCGCUGUACCGAGACAAACAUAUCUGGAUGUACCGCCCUUCCGGCCUUCGCGCCCAUCGCUCGAUAGCACCUAUUCAGAACUAUCCGAACUCUCCUUCCACCCAAACGAGUUGCAAUCUCAUCAUGCUCUUUUUCGAAGUGUCUCCCGGGAAGGCGCAGAUCAUCAUCCGCCGCGCUCUCGCAUUGGCGCUGCCUUGCACUCCUUCUACAUCACGAACUACGGUGCCAUGUUGGUCGUGCUUGCUCAACUCUUUGGUGCGGGAAUGAAUGUCAGCACGCAACUCCUGGAGACGGAGGGCUCACACGGGAAACCCAUGCAUCCGUUCCAGAUCCUGUUCGCUCGCCAAUCUAUCACGGCGUUUCUAUGUUCGGCCUAUGCGAUUUAUACAAAAUCAGUGCCUGAUUUCCCUCUCGGACCUCGUGGAGUUCGCUGGUUGCUAGUAUCCCGUGGCAUCUUUGGAUUCUUCGGCGUGUUCGGCAUGUACUUCAGCCUCCUAUACCUGCCAUUGAGUGAAGCUACGGUCCUGACUUUUCUGUCACCCAUUCUCACCUGCUAUCUAUGCAGCUUCGUCAUGCGCGGUGAGACUUUCACCCGGCAGCAGCAACUGGCUGGCUUCGUGAGCCUGAUAGGCGUUAUCUUCAUUGCUCAACCGGCAUCCCUCUUCUCCUCGUCUACCACGCCGCCGCCCCAACCUCCCAACCCGGCCAUAAAUCAGAGGUCCAACUCUACUACCACUGCCGACUCGCAUCAGCAGCCUCAGCAGCCUACUCCAGAGCAACACCUCGCAGCCAUUGGAAUUGCUAUGCUUGGCGUUGUCGGGUCCACCGGGGCAAUGACCUCCAUUAGAGCCAUCGGCACGCGUGCACACCCUUUCAUCAGCAUCAACUACUUCAGCACCUGGUGUGCUAUUGUAUCUCUAGUCGCUUUGAUCGUCUUCCCAGACGUCAAGUUCCGCCUCCCCGGGAACAUCACGGAAUGGAGUCUGCUUGCCAGCCUCGGUCUCUGUGGCUUCAUUAUGCAGUUUCUGCUGACCGCCGGCUUAGCAUACGGUGGCCCCGGUAACACGCAUGUCAGUGGCAGCCAAGGUCACGACGAGUCGAAGCGGAAGGCGGAAGAUGUCGAAAGCAACGACUCUUCGGCUGCAGAUUUCCAAAAUUAUGAGCUUGUAAGUCAAGCCGAAGCUCACGGUGAGGGCAGAGUUCCGCCAGCCAUGCCGGCGAAACCGAAAUUGAGUGGCAGUGGAACUCGUGCUACGUCGAUGGUGUACACGCAGAUGCUGUUUGCGCUGGCAGCGGACAAACUUGUCUUUGGUGUUACCCCCAGCACCAUGAGUUGGGUAGGCAGUGUCCUCAUUCUGGCGGGCGCAAUUUGGGUCGCUAGCGCUCGCAGCUCCGUCUCAAAGGGCAAUAACGCGGAUAUCAACGGUGAUGUGGGCGAGGCUACCAAUGGACUCAAUAUGCUGAACAUGCAGAGACAAGGUAAAUACUACGAAGUUGCCGGGGAGACGGUAGGAUUGGUACACGACCAAGACGAUGACGAGAACAGUGGCAAUGACCUCCACCAUCGCCAACUCGGUGGUAGCGAUGACAUUCUCACCGACACACCACAGGCGGGACUUUCUAGGGUGGAAAGUUUCGAGAUGCACGAACUGCGCAGCGAACCUUGA